GUUAUGACGUGGAAAAGAAGUUUGUAUAUAAACAGACACGCCCCAACCGUGCAUAUAACAAAGAGCCGGUAACAUGUUCAAGUGCGCAGUACUGAUUGUCUGUUAUCUGGGUCUGGUUACGGCUCAGCAACUAUCUGAUUAUGUAAAUCCAUCUUUAAAUCAAUCAGCUUGUGGCAAAAACGAAUAUUUCGAAAAAUGUACAUUUGAAUGUCCACCAGAGAAGACCUGUGAAACUCGUUUAAUCAAUGUAUAUUGUCCAGCUGUGGUGAUGCCUUGCAUCCCGAAAUGUAUAUGUAAGCCGGGUUUCUACAGAAAUGGUCCAGGUGGUGAAUGUAUUUCUGAAGAAGAAUGUGGACCAGCUUGUCCUGAAGGCGAGGUGUACAAGGACUGCAGGGAUCCUUGUGUAGACGAGAGCUGUGAUGCCAUGGGGAGCCUGAUUCCGGGCUGUAAGAGUCCUGAGUCCUGCGAACCAGGAUGUGUUUGCAGAGAAGGAUUCUACAAGCUGUAUAACUUCAUAUGCGUUCCUAAAUGCUAUUGUCCUGGGUUCUGGGAUUCACCUGAAUGUAGAAAUUAAUGAAAAUAUGAUGUGGGAGUUUUGUCCCAAAAUAACCUGCCACUGUUUUUUUUUAAAUGAUUGUCUAGGUACACUUUGAAAAUAAAGCAAAUAAAUAUUAAAAUGUGAAAG